AUGAACCGCGGGAACAACCCGAAGCACAUGCGCGCGUCCGGCAAUGGCUAUUGGUUUGAGGCAUUCCCUCACAGCAAGGUGCCGACCUCGUCGCUGUUCAUUAUUAUCGUGGCUGCUGGAAUUUCGGUCGUGUUUUUGCUGGCCACAAUGGUUAUGAUUGCUCUGAACUCGCUCCGGCAGAGCCGGACCAGCAAGGAGCGUGCUGAUGCCAUUUCGAAGCUCCGUGUGCUUGGUGUGCGCAGCGAGAAGGAUGUGCCGCCGCCGCCUCAGCACGAUGAGGAGAACGUCGUUCCUCUAGCUGCCGAGCCGAUGCCCGCUCCGGACUCGACUGGUACGCUCCACACCAUGCGCUCGGGCUCUGGUAUGCCUUCCGACUCGGAGGACGAGCGCGCGGACUCGAAGGAGUCGUACAUGCGUCCCUCGGGCACGCAGGAGUCGCUUCCCACGAGCGGCCCGAAGAAGGUCAAGGAUGCCAACGAGAUUGCAGGUCCUAUUGUUCCCGUCCUCCGCAGCGAGGACCCUGGCCUCUCUACCGACGAAGAGGCGGAGACCGAGGAGGAGUCUGAGGAGGAGCCUGAGGAGGAUGGCUACGGCGAAUACCAGUACAAUGGCCCUACCGACAAGGCUCCUGCAUACGACAUGGAGCCCCCGACGGAGCCCGUCUCGGUCCCUGGUGCUGCUCCUGUGGCGCAGCCCACGGUGACUUUUGCACAGGACACUGUCGCGACGGAGCGUUACGAUCUUCCUCCGCCAAUCCCUGGCAGCGCCACCGUUGCCAAUGAAAUUCCCACUGCCCAGGGUCCGGCGAGCACGGAGGCGGCGGUGCCCCACAGCGCCGAGGAGCAUAACAGUGCUACGGUUCCUAACUAUGUGCCCUAA